CUCUCUGAGUUCCUGUUAGUUUCAGUAAAGCGUCACAGUCGUGCUGAAGACUGCUCCUGUUGUUGCUGCCGUCAUUUCAGCGUCUAUGUAGGCUGAUGCUGAAAGAUGUGGUUACAUUUCCAUCUCUUUUCAUCUUAAGUGCUGGAUUACGCUUCAAGGACACCGGUUCCAUCUCACCCCGCAUGCUGAUAAGAGGCAAAGAAAUCAUGGGAAGAGGCUAACAACUCCAGUAACAGUCAAGAUGCAGCACACCUCGUGCACAGAGGACCGGAUCCAGCACGCUCUGGAAAGAUGCCUGGAUGGACUCCGGCCAUCAGAAAGCCUGGCACAAUCCUGGAACGCUGGUUGGUGUAUGAACCGCUGGAGUCUAGAAGAGCUGUUAAAGAGAGACCCAGAGAACUUUCUCAUUCUACUGCAGCAAAUUCUCAGAAAAGCCAGAGAGAUUCAACAGGACUGUCAUUACGAGCUUGUGGCCCCUCUUGCUCUCAUGUUUGAGUCCACACUCCUGCAGGUGCCUUUUUGUCCAUCUAAUGGAGAGAUUCUGACAGAAGCUUGUGAAGUGUUUCAUGGCUUCCUAGCGUGGCCUGAACCCUACUGCAGUGUGUGUCGUAGCCUGCUCUCCACCUUAAAUCAAGAGCGUAGAGCUCCAGGAAUUUCGUACCACAGACUGGUAAGAGAGGAACAAGGCCUUGCCGUCUCCAGUCAGCGUUCUAAGAUCAUUACGGUGUUGUUGAUGAACCCGGCUGAGGUGCCUGCUGAGUUCCUGUCUGUGGCGGAGCAGCUCAGUGGAGCGGAGGUCUCACAGAGAGAGAGUAGCGUUACACUCAUUAAACACAGUUUCCAGGCAGUGCUGGGAACUAAAUACCCACUACAGUCCAUCAGCGGUGCUCUGCAGUGCCUUGGAGACGAUGAGUUGGCACAAGUCCUCUCCUCAGUGAGUGACCUUCUAGAGUCUGCAGCGGCCAUGACAGAUGUAGAUACAGCUCGAGAACAUAUGGAGAGUGGCCUGGAGGCGCUACGUGAAAAACUUAACAUACCAACCUUCAAUGGCACGAUGUCAGAUGGGGUUCUUCAGACGCUCAGCCUUCCAGCAGCCAAGUGCUACACCUUCCAUUGGGACAAGGAUAAUUUUGAUGUUCUAAACGACCUUCUAGACAUAGAGUCUGAAUUGACCUUAUCUCAAACAUCUGAGGGCAUGGAGGAGGAUGAUGAUGUAGACAAUGUUGACGUGGAAGAUGAUGAAUAUGAUGUCUUGGAGGAAGGGUUUGUAUCAAACGGUUGCGCUGACUAUCGUGCCUCGACCUUCUCCACUGUCUCCUCCCUUUCCACUGCCUCCAAAGACUCCAUGUUCUCCACGGUGUCGGUCGCUUCCUCCGAAUACUCUCCCCGUUCCACGCUUUCGUACUCAUCCCAAGCUUCGGGUACGGACAGUGACUUCUGUGAGGACGCAGAGGACGACAGUCUGAGCACACCAUAUGUGUCCAAGACCAAAACCACCGCACGACUUUCCAAGUGCCUCUCACGACUCUUCAAACCUCGCAGCAGCAACUCUCUCUGUCGAGCCAAGAGCCUGGGCACCCCUGAGGCUAAAGAAUUAGUGAUCGUCCGCUCUAAGAGAUCCAAUUCUCUGCCACAGCAGGUGCGGCUACGGAACUCUGAUUUCGGGUUACCAGUGGCCCCCCUCUCGCAGCUGCAAUACGUUUGCUACAGGAGAAGACCCAUUCUGAGUAGCGAUGAUGAGGAAGGGCCAACGGGGGCCACUACGCUCAGAGUGGUGGUGUUUGGGGCAGAUCAUGUGGCAGGGAGGGUUGCUCGUGCCUAUGGCAGUCUAAGGAAAAGAGAAAGAGACUGUCCGCACCUCAGCAAAGCUUUCAAGAUGAAGUUUUUCUUUGUGCCUGUACGGCGGGAUGCAACUCCAGCCGGCUCUUCGUUGAGGAACUCGGGUUCUUCUCUGCAGCUCUCAGCAAGUCCACUGAAAUCAGCCAUCUCUAGCAUUGAUCUCAGUGUGAAUGGGACGGAGGACAGCACCAACGACAUAGCUAAUCUGCUGGGAAUGCUGGACCCCUGGUAUGAGCGUAACACUCUGAGCCUGCUGGACCUACCCGUGAAUGUGUUGUGCCAGCAAACAUCGAAGAUUGACUCAGAUUUGUCCGAGGGCGCUGCUGAGGGGCGUUUACCGAUAUUUGCUGACCUGGUGCUCCAUUACUGCCGCUAUGCAGCCCGCCCUGCCCUCAUUCAGCUCUAUCAAGCAGAGUUGACACUAGCUGGAGGAGAGAGACGGACUGAAGUGUUUAUUCAUUCUCUGGAGCUGGGCCACACAGCUGGUACAAGAGCCAUCAAGGCCAUGGGUGCUGCCAGUAAGAGAUUUGGCAUUGAUGGAGACCGUGAGGCUGUUCCUUUGUCACUGGAAGUGACUUACAACAGAAUACAUGUCAGUGGCAGAAGUCAGAAGACGAUGUCAGAAAAGUCCUGCACCUCCAUAAACCUGUUAAAAGCCUGCAGGAAUCCUGAGGAACUAGAUUCUAAAAUGGAGUGUCUUCAUUUGACAAUGACGGAAGUGCUGAAGAGACAAAACUCUAAAUCAAAGAAAGGCUACAAUCAGCAACUGACCACAACACAAGUAAAAGUGGAUAAGGUUCAGGUUAGCGGAACUUGCAACACCACCUUUGCAGUUUGUCUGGACCAAGAUGAGAAGAAAAUUUUGCAGAGUGUGACCAGGUGUGAGGUAUCGGUUUGUUAUAAGCCAGAUAGUUCGACUGAUUGGACGAAAGGAAGGGUGUUCACAUCUCAGACCCAGACCCUGCAGCCAACCUUCUGCUCUCUUCUUUGUCUCCCUAUUGCCACUUUCAGUGGACCUCAGCCUUAAACCCAGAGAUCAGGCUUAAACUCAGACCUCCAGCCCAAGAAGCCUCAAGUCUGGUUAAAACAUUCAUACCAGUUUUUCACUUUCAGUUUCAAACUUGGAUAUCGACUCUCAGGAUACACGUUUGGGUAAAAGUUCCCAUUUAUUACAUUAUAUGAGCAUCAUCAUGUCUAUGUACAUGUGGGGUUAUUUGCCUCAAACUCGUUGUUGUUUUUUUUUCUAAUGGUACAUCCUUCUGAAAAUAAUUCGGUGGGCAAACUGAGACAAUUUUUGUGACUAACAUCCAAAAUCUGAAUCAUCCUUAACCAAGGUUUGGUGUGAAUGGGGAUUUUAUUACUUGAUUGUUUUGCAACAAGGCCUGUCCUGGUUCUUAUGCAACUAGCAUGGAUUUCUAACUACUAGAAUAUUCUUGUUAUUGUAAAUAUUAACCAGCAUCCAAAUAAGCACUCUGGACAACUUAAUAAUUUGUUUGUAUAUAUGAGAUAAUUAUUUUAUGUAGCUAUCAUUAGAAUUCUCAGGAAAAAUAUAUAAAGAAUAUUCACACUUUCAUUUCCAGUCUUUCCUUUUUUAAUUGUUUAUUUAAUCCCAUUUCGGUCAGACCAGAGAAUUGAGACCGUGGAGCCUCAGAUUAUAGUCCUUAAAAUCUAAUGUAUUCAGUGAUUGUUUUUGUAUAUGUAUAUUUUGUACAUCCUCUUUGUGGUUUUAUGUUUGGUGUUAUGACUUUAAAAAACAUUUGAAACUGCCUGGUUUAAAUACCACUUGUAGUUUGGUUGGUUGGCCAAUAGAGGUCCUUAUAAAGCAGUUGUUGAGUUCUACCUAUGUGGAUGCGGAUGCUGAACGCUAGUGAAUAAAACAGCAAGACAGUUCAGUCAGUACACUGUGUAAUACUGGCACAGUUUGUAAGUAAAACAAACUGAAAUCUUUCUUUCUUUCUUUCUUUCACAAGCAUAUGUGUAUAUAUGUACAAUCUAAAAUAAUCAGUAUAACUGUCAAAACAAUUUUUGCUCC